AUGGCCACGACUACCGUCACUGAAACUGCCCCUCAGAACGGCAACAGCAAUCCAUCAGCUUCAACCAGCAAGUUCUUCGAUGAUGUGCACUUCCUCGGUGACAAAGAGGGCAAGGUCGUGAUCCGUUCCCCUCCGACCUUCACCAACAUUGAAGAUGAGCGCGCGUACCAGAAGCAACAUUUGGCCGUGGCCUUCCGGGUCUUCGCCCGGCAGGGAUUCGAUGAGGGAGUGGCUGGACACAUUUCCCUGCGCGAUCCCCUCAACCCUCACCACUUCUGGAUCAACCCACUCAGCAUGCACUUCUCCAUGAUCAAGGUAUCCGACCUCGUCCUCGUCAACGAGAACGGCGAAGUUCUCCCGGGAGGCGCCCAGCACCCGAUCAAUGGCCCCGCCUUCGCCAUUCAUAGCGAAAUCCACAAAGCACGCCCCGACCUCAACGCCGCAUGCCACGCACACUCCGUCUACGGCAAGGCAUUCUCCUGCUUUGCGCGGCCCAUCGAAAUGCUCUACCAGGAUGCCCUUCGCUUUUACAACGAUUUGGCUGUGUACCCUCGCUACGGAGGCACCGUGCUGUCUACCGAAGAAGGAGCCCGGAUCGCCAAGGCCCUCGGUCCAACCUGUCGCAGUGUGAUUCUGCAGAACCACGGCAUGAUUACCUGCGGGAGGACAGUCGAUGAGGCAGCGUUCCUGUUCAUUGCGCUGGAUCGGUGUUGUCACGCGCAGAUGAUGGCCAAUGCAGCGGCCGGACCGGGGUGGGAGAAGGUCUACAUCAACAAAGAGGAGGCGGAGAUGACGCAUAGAAAGAGUGGAAACUCAAGUAAGAUGUGGUUGGCGUUCCAGCCGUAUUAUGAUCAGGUGGUCAAGGAAGAUCCAAGUGUUCUGGAGUGA